AUGAACCGACCAAGCAGCACGGCCACGGAAUCCAAGCCGGCCCGGCCGGCCCGAGACGCGCUUGAUGUUCUGCACGAGAUAAGCGAGCUGCUGGGCACCGGGCUGGACCAGCAGACGCUCGCGCUGUGUGUCGGGAUGAUCGAAGAAGGCACGAAUCCGGUGGCGCUCGCUCAAGUAGUCCGGGAGCUCAGACAGGAAGCAAAGGGCAAGACUAAUAAGACCACCCCAACUUUCCUGCCGUAA